UGCGUGUUUUUGUGUAAUUUAUUUAUCAAAAUCGUAGUCUUUGAUCGUUCUAAAGCUUCUCUAGAGCCUUUACCGUAACAGACACACCGGAACCACAAAACCGACUACCUUCUCUCUCGAUCUAAUAGAUCGCUCGCUCUCGCUCUAGAUCCAUCAAUGGCGCUCAAUCUUCGUCAAAGACAGACAGAGUGCAUAGCACGGAUGCUAAAUCUGAAUCAGCCUAUAAACGCAAGUGGAACAGCAAACGAGGAAGUUUACAAGAUACUGAUUUAUGACAAGUUCUGUCAAGACAUUCUGUCCCCUCUGAUUCAUGUGAAGGAUCUCCGCAAGCAUGGUGUGACCCUCUACUUCCUUAUCGAUAAAAACCGCAAACCUGUCUCUGAUGUUCCUGCUGUUUACUUUGUAAGACCUUCCCAACAAAACAUUGAAAGAAUCAUCUCGGAUGCCUCUAAUUCGGUCUACGAUUACUUCCACCUAAAUUUCUCUUCAUCAAUCCCCCGCCCCCUUCUUGAAGAUCUUGCUUCCGGAACCCUGAAUUCGGAUUCCAUCCAACGAAUCUCCAAGGUUCAUGACCAGUAUCUGGAGUUUGUAACCCUGGAUGACAAUCUCUUCACUUUAGCUGAUAAAUCUUGUUAUGUCCGGUUAAAUGAUCCGAAAGCCACGGAUCGUGAGAUUGAAGAAAUAAUCGAAAAGCUGGUGAGCGGGUUGUUCUGUGUCCUGGCUACACUUGGUGUUGUCCCGAUCAUUCGUUGCCCGCGUGGGGGUCCCGCUGAGAUGGUUGCAUCAUUGCUGGACCAGCGGUUACGUGAUCAUCUGCUUGUUAAAAACAAUUUAUUUUCCGAAAGCGGUAACUUCACACAGAGACCCGUUUUAUGUUUGUUUGACCGGAACCUCGAGUUAUCGGUUGCCAUCCAACAUGACUUUCGUUACCGACCUCUCGUUCACGAUGUGCUCGGGUUGAGGCUUAACCGGUUAACCGUACAAGGCGGUGCUGGUGCUGGUGCUGGUGGUGGGAUGAAAUCAUACGAAUUGGACCGGGUCGACCCGUUUUGGGUGGCCAACGGGAAUCUGGAAUUCCCGGAGGUAGCGGUUGAAAUCGAGACACAGUUGAAUAAAUACAAGAAAGACGUGGAAGAAGUGAACCGGCGAACGGGUGGUGGAAACGAUGGAGCGGAAUUCGACGGGACCGAUCUGAUCGGGAACACGAAGCAUUUGAUGAACGCGGUGAACUCGCUGCCCGAACUGACCGAACGGAAACAGACGAUCGAUAAACACACAAACAUCGCAACGGUUUUGCUCGGGGAGAUCAAAGAGAGGUCUCUGGAUUCGUACGCGAAAAAGGAAUACGAAAUGAUGGUGAGGGGGGGAAUCGACCGGGCAGAACUUUUAUCUGUUCUUAAAGGGAAAGGUAGUAAACCGGAUAAGCUUCGGUUUGCUAUCAUGUUCCUUAUUUCAACGGAAACCAUCCCUCAGAUAGAAGUGGAAAUGAUUGAAUCCGCGUUGAGAGAAGCGGAGGUGGACACGUGUGCGUUUCAAUACGUUAAAAAGAUAAAAUCGUUAAACGUUUCGUUAGCAUCUUCUGCAAAUGCUGCUAGCAGAAGCAACAUUGUGGAUUGGGCUGAGAAGCUUUAUGGUCAGUCCAUCAGUGCUGUGACAGCAGGUGUUAAGAAUUUAUUAUCGGGUGAUCAUCAGUUGGCAAUGGCGACAACGGUUGAAGCUUUGAUGGAAGGAAAACCGAAUAAUCCUGAGAUCGAGUCUUACCUGGUGUUGGACCCACGUGCACCCAAAUCGACUUCUGGUCAGAUGAAAGGCCCUUUUAAAGAAGCGAUUGUGUUCAUGAUUGGUGGUGGGAAUUAUGUUGAAUAUGGAAGCUUGCAGGAGCUUGCACGCAGAUCUUCUUCUGCUAAACAUAUAAUAUACGGGACAACUGAGAUUCUCACUGGUGCUGACUUUGUUGAUCAGCUUGCUGCCUUGGGACAAAAAAUGGGUUUGGGUAGCAGCAGCACUCCUUCUUCUGCUCCUGCCUAAUGAUGUCACUACAUUUCUGCUCUUCUCUUUUUGUUUGGUUGUAGCUAACUUUUGUUAUCACAUUGAUUCACUACAUAUUUUACAUAUAUGUAUGUAUAUGGUUUUUUUUUUUUAGAUUCUGAUAUUUGUGG